AUGCUGGCUGUCCACCUCAUUGCUUCGUCGGCUGCAAGCCUGAGCGUAGGCGGCGCCAGCAGGGGCAGCGGCACCCGCGCAUCAGCCCUCCCCUCAGACGCGCACUGGCAUGUUCACGCAGCCCGCCAGCAGCAGGAGCAGCAGGAGCAGCUGCAGCGGCAGGAGCAGCAGCAGCAACAUCAUCAGCAGCAGCACAAACACCGCAGCACGGAGCCAAUGGCCUUCCCGCAGAGCAUGUACGGCGGCCCGGCUGGCGCGCUCGCGCCCUGCCGCGAGGCCACGCCGCCCCCUGCGGCGGCUACGGCCGCCGGCUGCGGCUGCGGUUGCGACGGCGAUGACGCGUCCCCACUCAGCUCCGGGACGCCCCUGCAGUUUCCUGGGGCAUCGUGCGUGAUUGAGGAGGUGGUGGACGCGCCUGCAGCGGCCCCGGCUGUCCUUGGCAAGCGCAGCCGCGCUGCCGAGUGGCCGUUGGACGCGAGCGCCGGCAUGCUCGCCCAGUGGCGCGCAAAGCAGCCCGCGCUCUCGCCACAAUCCCAACUGCGGCAGCGACUCCACAUGCGGCAGCAGCACUGCGAGGCGCCGCAAUUGCCGAGCGGCCCGGAGCGGCAGGCAGCUGCAGCUGCAGACGAGCAGCUGCAGGUGCAGCUCAGCAGCGGCAGCGGUAGCAGCACGUGCAGCACCUUUGCCGGGGACGCGGAAGGCAUUGACUGGCAACUGCUUGCAGUGGCUCGCCAUCAGCUGCAGCAGCAGCAGCAGCAGCAACAGCAGCAGCAGCUGAAUAUGCGCAGGCGCCUGAGCGCCCUCCGCGCCCCGGGCGCCGCGCCCCCACAGCCAGCGCGCGCACUGCUCGCGCCGCUCGACGCCGCGCUCGCCUGGGCGGGCGGCGUGCUGGUGGUCGAGGCCCGGGAGGUGUUCCUGCUGGCGCGCCACAUGUGGGCGCGCGUGGAGGGCCGCGCGGACGAGCUGCUCCUCGCGUCCCUGGGCGCCUCCCAGCCCCACGACCGCGUGAUGGUGCUCGCCGCCCUCUGGAUCGCGAGCAAGCUCGAGGGCGGCCGCCGCUCGGUGGCCGGCGCGAGCCGGCUGUGCGCGGCGACGGGGCUGUCGAAGUGGGGGGUGACCUCUGUCGAGGUGCACCUGCUGCAGGUGCUGGACUUCAGCCCUUACCGCGGCUGGUGA